AACGGUUUGAAUAAGGAGGGAGGGGGAGAAUCCAAUCCGGUUUGAGCUAGUUCUUCUUCCAAUGGAACAUUAACGUCUCGCUGCGCUGUAUUAGACUGUAUACUGGUACAGCUUUAUCCACAAUAUACCACUGUAUUUUCCUCCUGUACCGAGCAGCAUUUAGCUCGUUUUUCUUCUUUUUUUAAAAAAAACACCCCCACACAAAAACCAGCCAUGCCUAAAAGGAGCAGAGCAGACAGAGGAGAAACAGCGCCCAAGAGGAGAUCUCUCAGGUUGAAAGAUAAACCUGCUGCACCUGCAAAGGCAGAGGCCAAACCAAAGCCAAAGAAGGCACCUGCUAAGCCUAAGAAAGCCAAGGAGGUGGAGAAGGCCAAGCCCGAGGAGAAAGCACCAGAGGCCCCCGCUGAGAACGGCGAAGCCAAAGCUGAGGAAGAGGCACCAGCUACAGAAGAAGCUGAAGAAAAAGAUGAUGAGGCAGCAGAAUAACAUCUCUCCAACCACAUCUUUUACCAGUGCUCCCUGUACCUCUUUUCUUGUACAAUUCAGGGGAAUAUUUUUAUCAACUAUUUUCUAAAUACAGGUUUUUUAGUAGUUUGAUUGUAGAGAACACUUUUUUUUAAUGAAAGAAAAAAAGUCAAUUUGGAGACGGGAAUUUCGUCACAUCCCACAAUUUUGCAUCGCCACAAAAAUUGCGGUCAUUGUUGUUACUGUCAGUGGAUUUCAUUUCAGUUUUAAAUGUGAAGGAGGGGAGGGUGCAGGACAGGUUACCGUGUCAACACGUAAAGAACACGACGUUCACAGGAGCUGGGGCAACAACCGGAAGAGCUUGUCUGCGUGGAUUACAUUCCAUAUGCUUUAUAAGGGACAGUGUAUGUAAUCUGUGCUGGGGUGGGGAUGGACAAAGUCACAGGGCAACUCAUUGUUUUAUUGUUUAUAAAUGAAGAACAGUGUUUUAGAAUGUUUGUAAGCUUUGUUCCUAUAUGUUAACUCUUGUACUCAUGCAGUUUUCUUAAUGAAUCUGAUCAAUAAAGCUAAAAUCCCUAGUACUGGAGCUCUCCUUAUCAGAACUGUGCAUCGCGUGUGUUGGUUGUGUCUCUGUUCUGUGAUAGCAUCGCAAUAAAUUUGUAUAGCUGCUGUGAAAAAGGUUUUCAAUCUUUCUAUAUGCAGUGUGUAAUGGUACAUUGUAAGGAUGGUAAAAAUGGAAUUUGUUUUCUUAGCCAAGAUAAUGAGGUGUGUAACCAUUAAAAAGACAAAACUGUUGACAUUGGCUUCUUAAAGGCCAACAGACAAACUGUACAUUUAUUUGAGAUGUCAAAUGCAUACCAGCAGUAGCAAUAUUCAUGUGGGUUUUAGAUAUCUGUAUCAAGUACAAGUGUGCAGUUUCUUUUUAUUUGUUUAUAGAUGUACCUGUGUAAUGAUUGUUAUCAACAAACCAAUAAAACUCAGUUGGUAGUUGUUA